AUGGAUUCAGCAAGAAACUUCUACAAGACAAUUUUGGCAUCUUCUCAUCCUUUGAUUCUAACGAUCCACCUUCUGGGAAAAGCGGUGCCAAUUGUAUUUUAUUUGUUAGGAUCAUGGUUCCUUAGUUCCACAGUACAGUUCAUAAUUGUUAUUUUAACAUUGGCAGCAGACUUCUACUUCACGAAGAAUAUCAAUGGUAGAAAGUUAAUUCAACAGCGAUGGUGGUAUGAUGUUAGUGGAGAAGACACUACGACGUUUAGAUUUGAAUCAUUCAAAGAAUAUCCAGAUGUUGCGGCGGCCCCAAUCAACCCAAUCGAUUCAAAACUAUUUUGGCUGUCACUUUAUGUAGCUCCUACUAUUUGGGUGGUCUUUGGAUUUUUAUGUUUGAUUAAGUUCCAGUUUGUGUAUUUGAUACUAGUAAUCUUUGCAGGUGGUUUAAAUUUAUGGAAUGCUUACGCUUACCGUUUAUGUGAUCAAUGGGAACCUGGCCAUACAGCCGAAGCACCAUUGUUCCAACUUCCAAUGCUUCCAUCGUUUGCAAACCUCGACAGAGUGACCAGAUUGCAAUCAUUUUUCACCAGGUCUUGA